UUCUGUGAUCAGUAACUGGCAACAGAAACACAUAAGUUAUUGGUAUUUUCUUUGUAUAGUAAAUAUUUCACUUAAUUUCUUGUACGGUUUUAAUUUCAAAGCAAAGAAAAUAAUAUGGUGAUUAUUUUUAACCAAAGAUGACCUAAAAUAGUUGUUUCACUCAAUAAAUUUCGAAUGAUGUUUAGAUAUAAUGGGGAAUAAAGCUUUGGUUUUGUGUUUGUUUUAUUUUUAUUUUUUAAUAUGUCAGUGCAUCGACCAAGCAUCUUUUUAUGGGAAUAGUUAUAUUGCUCUGCCAUUUAAAGAAGCCAGGAGUUCAACGGACAUAAAUUUCAAGUUUAAGACUCAUCUGUCGAGUGCUUUAAUAUUUUUAGUAGCUGGAACUACAGAUUAUUGCAUCGUACAACUAGAAAAGGGGAGAAUUAAAAUUAAUAUUAAUUUAGGCUCAGGUGAAGCUGAAGUAGUGUCGCCAAGUAGUCUCAAACUAAAUGAUCUCGAAUGGCAUGAUGUCUCAAUUGAAAGAAAAGAUGCCAAUCUAACUUUAAUGAUUGAUAAGUCUCAUAAAGUACAAAAACACUUACCAGGUAAAUUUUUUGAGCUUAACAUUCACUAUGGUCUAUUUAUUGGUGAUAAUAAAAACAGAAACAAUACUGAUAUAUUUUUUGGGCAUAUGGAAAAAUUCAGAGGAUGUAUAUCUGACUUACAAUAUAACGGAAUUAUGGUAUUAGAACAAGCAAGGUAUAGACAAUCACAGUCUAGUGUACAAGGCAUAACAUGGAACUGUGCAGCUGAAUUCGAUGCAACAGUAGAACAACCGAUCAGUUUUAUAGAAGAUGACGCCUAUAUAAUAAUCUCAGACAAACUAACUAGCUACAAAGAACUCAAUAUCAACUUCGAAAUAAGAACCAUUAACAAAAACGGGCUACUUUUUUAUAACACAGGCCUAAAAAUAAAACAAGACUUCUUGCUUAUAGAACUAAAUAAUUUUUCAAUAGACGCUGUAAUUAAAAUAAAUGAAAAGACUACCAAACUGUUGAGCAAAAAUAACAAAGUAGCAAAUGGGGAAUGGCAUAAGAUAUCAUUCAGAAUGACCCCUACAAUUAUAGAAUUGAGUGUCGAUGAAAAAAUAUUUAGUGAAAAAAAUAUUCACAAUAGCCUUUUCCAAAUGACUGAUACUUUGUACCUAGGAGGAUUAGAAGUUAGUAAAAGAUUUCGUGCUUCCCAAAAAGGUUGUAACGAUUCAUGUGAUACCAGCUUUAAAGGUUGCUUAAGAUAUCUAUCUGUCUUUGAUGUCAAAAAAGGCAUACAAGAUGCCCAUGUAACUGAAGGUAUUAUGCCAGGUUGCCUUUGGCAUUAUCCUUGUUUGCAAAAUCCUUGCAGUAACACAGGUAUUUGUAUCCAACAAGGCUUAGAUUCCUUUCAUUGUCAGUGCAAGGAAGAAUUCUGUGUUAAUCUUAAUUACAGCGAAGGUUACAAGGUUUUUUCAAGGAGUAGCCUCGCAACUGACUUGGAACUUCUAUCGGUUGAACCUCUCCAAGUAUUAGAAGGCCAGAGUGAACUACUAACAACAAAUAAUCUGCAUAUGAUACUUGAUUAUCACAAGUAUGGUAUCUCUGAUUCUGGUAUCAUGUUUUUCGUUAUUGAAGGACCAGAACAUGGAAGCAUAACGCUCGAUAUUUGGCCCCACGAUAAAAAUUCCUUCAGCUUUUAUGAUCUAGCCAGAGAUAGAGUACAUUAUAUACAUGACGGUUCAGAAGAGAACCACGACCAUAUAGUAAUGGAGGUUAUGUUUUCGACAGCCGAUUCUUUUACAUUACCAGAGUAUCUUCAAGGCAGAUUUAGAUUUAGUUUGACAGUUACAGUUACUCCGACCAAUGACCCUCCUAUUCUGGAUAUUUCGGAUGCGACUGUUAUCAGAACAGUUCAGGGAACAAAGAAAUUUUUAUCCCCAGAAAUAUUCAAAGUUAUAGAUACUGAUAACAGUCCUAGUCAGUUGAUAUACACCAUUUUAAAGUGCGAAGAUGGCUAUUUUGAAAAUGCAAACAAGCCUGGUGUGAAAAUAUCCACUUUUACUCAAGAAGAAGUAAACGGUGGAUUGAUUUUAUUUUUUGACAAAACUGUUGAUAAAAAUACGUCUUAUAUAAGUAUGCAAAUUUCUGAUGGAAUAGAAACCAGCCCUGUAUAUCGACUGAGAGUCGCAGUAUCAGCUCAAUAUUGGAGAAUGGAGAGAAAUACUGGGCUUAUAGUCUUACAUCAAAGCUCAUCAAUUAUAACACCAUACAAUUUGAGUUUUACUUCCAAUGUUGCCAUUCCGGAUUAUUCAACUUAUUUUUCCAUUAUUAAAGAACCUAUUUAUGGUGUAAUUGAGGUCGAAAAAACUGGGAAUUCUUGGGAACGGUCAGAUUCAUUUACAGGAAGUGAUUUGAAACAGCACAGGGUCAGAUACAGGCAUAAUUCUGCUAAGCCUGACUUUGAUGAAUUUCAGUUCCUCACUAUGGACAAAACACAAAUGUACACAUUUAGAAUAAUUUUCGCACGGUGUACUUUACAAAAAUCAACCAAGAAAAGCAUGGAUUUAAAAGAAGAAUGGGAAAAAACCAUAACUAACGAAGAUCUUUCGUUUGAAACCAAGCCUACCAAACCUCCAACAUCUAUCCAUUAUGUUGUAGCUGAACCUCCACGCUACGGGUAUCUAUUCUCGGCGGAAUCCAAGUAUAAACUAAAAUCUUGUGAUUCAUUCACACAAGAAGACAUUAUUUCCCACAAUAUCAAAUAUAGACUAUAUCAGAAACCAUACUCCGAAGUUGAGGACAGUUUUACUUUUGUUGUGCUUUCACCGGGAUGUAACAAUGUUACAUCAAAUUUGACAAUAAUUUAUACACCAUCACAAAACGACUUAUCUAAAGUUGCUGUCCACUUAGAACAGUUACAAGUUGAAGAAGGUUCAUCAUUAUUAAUCGAUCAAAAACGCUUAUCUUUUGAAUCAAAAUUUAUAACAAAUAUUUCUUAUAAUGUUACUAUUAAACCAAAACAUGGGUAUUUACAAAAAACUGAAGGUGAAAUUAAAAUAAACUUUACAACUCAUUUUACCUCUGAAGACAUAAAAAAUAAUUUAAUAUACUACGUUCAUGACAACUCGGAAACUAGAGAAGAUUUCUUAACUUUUAUGGCUCUCUCAUCCCAAGAUGAAAAUUUCCUAUAUGUGGGCCAACUUGAUAUCAAAAUACUGUUAAAAAAUGAUAACAGUCCUGUUAGAACGGUUGAUAAAGUAUUUCAUGUUGUAGUUGGUGGGGAAAAACUACUUUCAGGAAAGGAUUUGAAAUAUGUUGAUGCAGAUUUAGACACCACUCCAUCUUUAAUCGUAUAUACGUGCAGAGAUUCUUCUAAUGGAUAUUUCUAUAAUACAAAUAAUAUUAGUAUCAAAAUUACAGAAUUUACUCAAGAUGAUGUGGAUAACAAUAAAAUUAUCUUUAAACAUAAAGGUCCUGAAUUUGGAAAAGUAAGAUUAUGGGUAACUGAUGGUCAGUUCCACGUGAACGGCAUUCUAGAAGUCCAAGCUUCUGCUCCAUUUAUCCAUGUUAAUAUGAAGAAAAAAAUUAUUGUGGAACAAGGAAGAAUUGUCGCCAUUACUAGUGAACAUCUAUCAUAUUCCACAAACCUUUACGCUUAUGAAAAAGAUGUAAUAUAUGAAAUUAUUAAUAAGCCUAUUUUUGGGAAGAUUGUUUUAUCAAAAACGCUUAAGGUUGUCAAAAAUUUUACUCAAGAUGAUAUAAACAGAGGUCAUAUAAGUUACUUAAAUGAACAUUUGGGAGUAAAUGCUGAUGAAAUCGGUAUGAAGGUUAUAUGUAAAGAUGCUGUCAAUAUAGCCCAACUUGGUGUAUGGAUGUUACCUUCUAACUACUGGGAACCAUUAGAAAUAAAAACUUUAAAAAAGCUGUCUGUUGAAGAGGCUACAAGUGUAUUAAUUACAAGAAAGACUUUAGAAGUCACUCAACGCCACGUCCCUCCAUCUGCAAUAACCUACCACAUUGUGCAGAUGCCUGAAUAUGGCUAUAUAACCAUCCUGUCAGACGUCAAAACAUCUGAAGAGCCGUUAAAUGUCGAAAGCUUCACCCAAGACUUAGUGAAUGAAAACAAAAUUUUGUACAUUCAAUCCAUGAUGAACCAAAAUAGAGAUAAGAUUAUUUUUAACGUUACAAACGGAGUUGUUUGGAAUAACAACUUUCAACUAGACAUAGAAAUAAUUCCAGAAAGACUGUACCUAGGAUCUAGUGAUCUAAUUGUUAAUGAAGGAGGGGUGGGGAUACUGACAACCCCUCACUUAUUCGUACUGACUGAUUACUAUAAGAAUAAAGUUACCUCUUACACAGUUAAAGAAAAUGUAAAACAUGGAUGCAUACAAGUUCACAAAAGGUGUUUAAAGUCUAAAGGAUUUACUCAGAAGGAACUACAAGCUGGGGUUGUUCAAUACAUUCAUGAUGGUACUGAAAGUACUAACGAUCAGUUAAUUUUAAUAGGUGAGACUGAACAGAAGAAAAAUAGCUUGCCUGUAACACUAAAUAUUAUUGUUUUUCCUGUGAAUGAUCAAAAACCUAAGGUAGUCAAUAAUACAGGCUUAAUCAUGUGGGAAGGAGGUGUGGAAUUCAUAACAAACGAUAUGUUGGCUGCUGUUGAUGAUGAUUUGCCUAAAGAAACAUUAAAAUACCAAGUUCAGAAUUGCUGGUUUGGUACCGUUUCACUUAAAUCUCAUACAAAUAAUCAGCUGUCUCAUUUUACUCAAGAAAUGAUAGAUAAUCGUACAGUUGUAUUUCGCCACUACAAUGGAUCUUCUGCGCGAUUUAAAUUCAACGUUUCAGAUGGGCUACAUACCACCAAAGAUUACAUAUUCCAUGUAAAAACAAAACCGGUGGAAUUAAAAUUAAUAAACAAUCCUCUUCACAUUUUCCCAUUACAGAAAAAAUAUCUAACAUCAAAUCAUUUACUUACCAUGGUAUCUGAUCCAUACAGAAAAAUAGAAUAUAACGUCGUUGAACCACCGAGUUUAGGAAGACUUAUGAUGGAAUCGGAAAAACCUGGUAUUUUCAAAGUUGUUUCGAGCUUUUCUCAAGAAGAUUUGAAUACUAGUAGAGUUUUUUAUGAACACACACACCAAUUUUCUGAUCUAUAUGCCAAUGAUUCGUUUGUAUUCAAUGUAACGACUCACUUAGCGAAAAAAUUACUCAGAAAGGUGUUCACAAUAGAUAUAUCAGUAUCUUCAGGCGGACUAGAUGCUUACGUGAACAUUCCUAAGCUUUCUGUUGACGAAGGUGGGGUUACAACGAUCCCUCUUAAUCUUUCAGGGGUUGUAAUGUUUUUAGAAAACCAUGCGGGUCUGCGUUCCCCUAUAAUUCAUGCAUCUGCUCUACCACCCCUACAUGGACAAGUUUACUCACAGCAAAACAGAAACUUAUCCACAUUUACUCAGCUCCAACUCGAAUCUGGACAAGUUUACUAUGAGCACGAUCACUCUGAUACUUUAGGGGAUAAUGUUCAUUUCUCUUUAUACCUAAUACCAGGCCCUAUCACUCUUUGCAACAUAACUGUGCCGAUCAUUGUUAACCCGGUAAACGACCAACCUUUUACCCUAGUAACCCCGGCUCCUAGCUUAGUGGUAGUUCAAGGAGAAAAUCGCACAAUAACUAGGCACGAUCUAGCUACUGAAGAUGCCGAUACACCCCCUUCAAAGCUCAAAUACGAUCUCAUAUCCGGACCAUCACAUGGGAAGUUAGUGCUAGAGAAUAUUUCCGUUACCUCCUUCACUCAAGCUGAUAUUGAUAAUAAUAAAUUAGUUUAUGCACAUGAUGGCAGCGUUCUGAAGGAUUCUUUUCACUUCAGGAUAUGGGAUGGAAAAUUCAGACCAGAGUUUAACUUAUUUAAUAUAAUCGUUGUCCCAAUUAACAUCAGUAUAAAGGCUGGAAUGCCUGUGCACUUAUUACAGGGUUCUUAUGAUAUGCUCCUCUCAGAACAACAGUUUUAUAUAAACACAAACGCUGACAGAAAUAAAGUUGAAUUUACUUUAAAAAGACCACCCAAGCAUGGAUUACUUUAUAAAGACAACCAAGCUAAUUUAACGUAUUUUUCCUAUUGUGAUUUAGUCAACAACAAAAUUAUGUAUUUACAAACGGACAUGAGUAUAUCCAACGAUAGUUUCCAAGUCAGCGGGGAGAUAUUUUCUGGUAACAACUCAUUUGGAGAGAUUGUCGAAGUUAUAAUCAAAGUCAAACCUUUCAUGCACAUUCAUAAUUUUACUGUAAAAACUGGGGAAUCAGUACGUUUGACUUUGAAUUCGCUAGAUGCAUCGCCUUUAGCUAAAUUAACGAACGGGAAUCCCCGAUAUACCAUCAUUAAAUCCCCAGAACAGGGAGAGAUACGCAAAAUAAUAAGAAGUUCUGGAGAAAAGAGGAAUAUUCUAGAUGCCUUGGUGACAAGUUUCAGCCACGAAGAUAUCCAAAGCGGUUUGAUAUUUUUUGUUGCUAAUGAUGUUGAAGUACCAUGGUAUGGUUUUCAUGACAAGUUGGUUUUUGUUUUGAGUGCCAGUAUCGUACAACCAGCUGAGGGAGAAUUGAAGAUCCUUGUGAAAUCCCCCUUGGAUAACGAUGUUUCUUCGACGCGACCAGGACCAAGCGACCCUGCCAGUCAUGAAGGGGGUCUCUAUUUGGCUAGUCCAAAUAUGACUAAAGAUUAUUUAUUAAUUGUAAGUAUGGCCGUAGGCGUAGUAGUAUUGGGCAUAGCGGUAAUAGUGGUAAUCAAGUGUCGUUCAGUGGACAACCACAUGGAUAAAGAAGAGCACUGUGUCCAACCUAUACCCUUACCCCGUCCACCUGAUAGACUAAUGACGUCAUCUCCUUCUUUAAGAGAGUCGCUUCCAGAUGACUAUCCACCCGAAUUCACGUCCGACUUUACAACGACUUUCACGCCCGACUUCGUCACCGAUUUCCCGCCCGAUUUUUCGACUGAUUUUCAACCGGUUUUCACGACUGAUUUUACGCCCGAAUUGUCGGCUGAAUUUACUUCUGAGUUUUCAUCGGAGUUUACUCCAUCCUUAAGCGCACUGCCUCAUUGCAAAGUCACUCCUUUAGGUAGAAUGGAGCUGGACUCGCCGCACAUGUUCUAUCCAUAUGGUAUCGAUGACGGUAUGGAUGAAUGGAGCGAGGCUCCGGACGUACCGGAGGUUCCAGAGCCAAUGCCUUGUCCAACCAACAGCAGUAUGCUGUUGCGUAAAAAUCAGUACUGGGUGUAAACUAUUUGUUUACUUUAUUUCGGCGACAUUACAUUUCAGUGAAGCUUAUUUCUUAAAAUAAUUAUUACCGACAUGUUAUUUUUUUGUGAAUAAGAAUUCGAAAAAUAGAUAUUUUCUGACUUACAACUCGGAAAAAUAGAUUAUUCCUAUUUAGAAUCAGAAUAAUACGUUUUUUUUUUUUUUUUCGAGUUCUAAGUAAGAAAAAUCGAUUUUUCUGAGUUCUAAGUCGGACAAAUCAAUUUUUCCGAGUUCUAAGUCAGAAAACUAACAAACAAAAUAACUUUUACGCUUCCGUACAAAUUUAAUUUUCUAUGUAUAUUUUUUUAAUAUCUAAGCACAAUCGUAUAAAAAAUAAUGUAUGAAACACAGACGAAAAUUGCUUUUUAGGGCUCCUACAAGUCGCUCCAAAAACUCAACUUUUUGUCUUUGUAACAGAUUACUAUUUAGGUUCCCGUUUUCUAUUGAAUUAACGUUUAAGUUUCCUUUUAUAUUCAAAUAUAAUAUAGACCCUGCGGUUAGACAAUUUUAGAUCAUUAAAUUAUCACUGUAUCCUUUCGCAAGAAGAAAAAAGUCCUACUGUUAUUAUGAACCUUUUUUCUGAAUUUUAUAUUUUGAUAUUCCAAACUAGCGUGUUUAUAAAAACGGUUAUCAUUUUGUUAUUUGAAACGAACUACGGUACACAAUAUAUUUUAUAAUCUCGUAUAAAUUAACUUUGUACUAAUAAAAUAUUAAUAAUAUCAUAUUAAGAAACAGGCUUCACGUGGUGUUUUGGAACCUUUAUUUAACUCUUCGUUUACUGAAAAAAUUACGUGCCAAAAAUUACAUUUAUUAUUAUUGAUAAUAUUAUUGCAGCUAUUUAUUUAUUUAUUUUUUCACUCAGUACUGAUUGCAACAAAUUCUGUACUUCUUAUGAAGCAAUGCACCAACUUUUUUGUUUAUAGAGAUUGUUCAAAGUAAGCAUAUUUUAAAUUGAAUGUCAAUGAAAAAAUUCGUUUAAAUUAUUUUUUUGCAUUUUUAAUCAAUCUGUCGUCUUAAGCUACAGAACAGUGGCAAUGUUUCUGAUACAUAUCUUCUAACGUAUAAGACUCAAGUAGGUGUUGUCUGUACCACUACUUAGUCUAUUGAAAGUUUUCUAUGUAUUCUAUGGUGAAAAUUCAUAGACACCUUUAGUUUUGCUACAGAUUCCAGAACAUGUCUGGCUUGUCAUCGGAGAGGUCUUAGUUCUUACACAUGUUGUCUUUUGCGUAGAUCAUUUUACGUUUUCUCAUCCACUUUUAAGUAAAUAGGGUAAGAUCGUCCACAAAGCCACAGCCCAAGUACAUUGUGAGAAAUUUGAUGUAAGAAAAUUGUCGUAGGCUAUAUUCCAAAGAGUAGGUCCCAGGUUUCCUAUAUAUUUAGUUAGUUUACUCAGAACCACUUCAUGUGAUUCGUUUCAAAGUCUGCUACUGUCUCUUGAAUGAGUAGCCCAAAUAUUUGAUCUUGAUGUGCCAUUGUUCAGUCGGCAUACAUUAAGAAUACUUUAAAUCAUUGCAUUUGUUUUAUAUCUAAAAUGCCUUGUAGGAAUUUAUUUUUUUUUGUUUUUAAUAAUUACUAAAAGGGUUUAUGGCGAAGGUUACCGGGUGCAUUGCUUCUUAGAACGAAUAAUGCUCAUUUGUGUCAAAAGUUGCUCUAUAUCGAUCGCUCCAUUUUAUUUAAUCUAUUAGAAAAUAUUUAUUUAUUGUUAUAAUCAAUAAGACGAAAAUUUAUAAUAAAAACCAAUUCUGAUAGACCGUGUACCCCUGAUGAUUUUUGCACAUCAUUAUAUACAAUUUGUAAUGAGAAUUUUUAUGUUUGUGAUACUAUGAACUUAAUUGGUAUACCAAUACAGUGAAUGGAGUAAAAAAUGUAUGCACACUAUUUCAUAAAUACAAGAAAACAAGAUUUUUUUUCUAAAAAUUAUUGAUAAUCUUCUUUGUGUAUGUAAAAAAUAGCGCCUACAUUUUUUACUGCAGUUUCAAAAACUGCCUAUCCGCUGUAUUGGUGUGCCAAUUAAGUUUAUAUCUUCAGUACAUAAAUAAAAUCAAACUAUUGCUAAAUUGUAUAUAUGUUUGCAAAAAAUAAUCAGUGGGCCCACGGACUAUGAGUAGAUAUUUAAACAAUUCCAAAUAUUUAAGCAGUAAGUGGUGCGAGGUAUUUUUUCAUAAAACUUAAUUAUAUAAUACAGUCCUCCCUACCUACCCGUUUGACCAGUAAAUAUACGUAUAUAUUUAUAUAUUUAGACAAUUAUUACUAUUACGUGUUUUUUUUUAUUAACACCAUUUUACACGGUAUAUUUUUACUUUAGUUAGAAAUUAGUAUACUUACUAAUUAUUAUAUUAACAAAAUUACAUUACUUCAUUUAAAUUGUGGCCUUAAUAAGAAACUGUUAGCUAAUAUACUAAUAUAGUUGAUUUUAAAAAUUUAAUAAGAAAUUGACCUUUAUUAUAAUUAUUAAAGGGUCCAAUAUAUAUGGUGUGGUGGAUAAUAUACAUUUUGUUUCUGAUUUUCUAAGCCGGUCGCUGGUUGGCGUAACACCUACAAACAAUUGUUUAGAGGAUUUUUCUCUAAUUCGACUAACAAACAUGUGAUUAACAUAAUAGCACAAGCAAUGAAUCGUUUAGGAUAGGGGUUACCCGUGAAAAAUUUGAAUAAAGCUACAAAUUGGUUUGUUGAUCCAAUUGGAUGUCCUGAUGAUCUCCUUUUAAUUACUCCCUGGCCAUCUGGCUUUCAUUUUUUUAGAGUUUUAAUUUUUUUAUUCGACUUUUUGAGAAUCCUUGCACAAACGGCUAGUCUGAAAUGAA